ACAUCUCGAAAUUCUGAUGGAAGGUUCAUCGUUUCCAUUCCAUUCAAAUCGUCCGUCGAGCUGCUGGGUGAUUCAAUAGAUAUCGCCAGCAAACGUUUCUUUGCUCUUGAAAGGAGACUUCACUCAAACGCAAACUUUCUAGAAACUUAUUGUCAGUUCAUGAAAGAAUAUGAAGACUUGGGACACAUGACCGUCUCUUGUCUUACUACAUCUGAGACCUCUUACUAUCUUCCUCAUCACGGUGUUUUCAAAGAAGAGAGUCUUACCACGAAGCUUCGUGUAGUUUUCAAUGGGUCCAUGCGCACAACAUCAGGCCAUUCUCUAAAUGAUCUCCAAAUGGUUGGACCCACCAUACAACAAGACCUGUUUCAAAUCCUCGUUCGUUUCCGUCAGCAUCGCUACGCUAUUUCUGCAGACAUUGAGAAAAUGUACAGACAAGUUCUCGUUGAGCCCUGCCAGAGACCUCUGCAGCGCAUUCUUUGGCGCACCUCUCCUUCGGACCCUCUGACGAGCUAUGAUCUAAACACCGUUACGUACGGCACUGGAUCUGCUUCUUUUUUAGCUAUUCGCUCAUUAAUCCAAUUAGGAAUAGAUUGUGAAUCUUCUGAUCCCGACAUAUCAUCCAUUAUAAAGCGUGACUUUUACGUCGACGACUUAUUGACUGGUUCCGAUAAUUUGCUGCAAUGCCAGAAUAUUUGUUUAUCUCUCUCCAAUAUUCUCAAAACUGGAUGUUUCAACCUUCGCAAAUGGAUCUCCAAUGAUCCUAGGGUCUUACAAGGUCUCCCUAAGUCAGACCUCCAUCCGAGUGCACUUCAAUUUGGUUCAAAUGAGCAUACACGCACUCUUGGUCUAAUAUGGUCCUUUCACUCGGACCACUUCAUGUAUUCCAUUUCAAAAUCCUCAGUUGCGGCUGAUACAAAGCGCACUAUGCUGUCCGAGGUUUCCCAGAUCUUCGACCCCCUUGGCUUACUAAGCCCUUGCACUAUCAAUGCCAAAAUUCUAUUGCAGCGGCUUUGGUUGGAGAAACUCUCUUGGGAUGACCCUUUGCCUAUCCCUAUCCAACUAAAGUGGAAGUCCUAUCGUGAUGAAUUGCUCGACUUAAACAAUCUUCGCAUUCCUCGCCAUGUGCUGUGCGAAAAUUCCAUCGAAGUUCAGUUGCAUGGAUUUUCCGACGCCUCCCUGCUGGGUUACGGCGCAUGCAUUUAUCUUCGUUCUCUCGAUAAAAACAACAAAGUUCACGUGCACCUUCUAUGUGCGAAAGCCAAAGUUUCACCCAUAAAACCUGUCACUAUUCCCAAGCUGGAACUUUGUGGAGCUGUAACACUUUCCAAACUUGUUGUUCAAACUGUGAAAUCUCUUGAUUUAAAAUUAUCUAAAAUUGUUUUAUGGACAGAUUCCUCUAUAGUGUUGGGAUGGCUGAAAACCAGUCCUAACCUCCUGAAAACUUUUGUAUGCAACCGUGUUGCGGACAUCCAGGAACUAACGUCUAAUGCGUCAUGGAGGCAUGUUCCUACUCAAAUGAAUCCUGCAGAUCUUCUCUCCCGAGGUGUUUCUCCCCUAUUAUUGAAAGAUUCUCAUUAAACAAGACUUCAGUGUCUUACCACCACUUUGAAUAUAUCGUUUCCAGUUUCUAAAUUUUCUAGUCUCUCCCGUGUUAUGCGCGUACUCGCCUUCUGUUUUCGUUUUCGCGCUAAUUGUGCGACCAGCAAAGAAACUCGUUCGGUUGGGCCUCUCACUGUUAUUGAGCUUCGAUCGGCACUCAUGUGUCUAAUUAAAAUUGCUCAAUAUGAGUCAUUCAACGAAGAACUUAAACUUUUAAGGAAGGAGAAGUGUUUGCGGCCAUCUUCAUCCAUUCUCAGUCUUAAUCCAUUUUUGGAUCCUGACGGCAUUAUUAGAGUUGGUGGUCGGCUCAAUCAUUCUCAUUUUCCUUACGAAAAGCGACAUCCAAUUCUGAUGUCUGGAAAGAAACUGGAUUGUUUCUGGACGUAAUCUCGUUAGAAAGGUUGUUCAUGCAUGUGUUAAGUGUUUUCGAUCAUCUCCCAGGUUUACUAAUCCAAUUAUGGGAAAUUUGCCUUCUCACCGUGUAAGGCCUUCCCCCCCUUUCCAUGUGUCGGGAGUUGAUUAUGCUGGACCAUUUACGAUAAAGGACCGUAAGGGAAGAGGUUGCAAAACUUCUAAGUGCUACUUAUGCCUUUUCGUCUGUUUUUCAACAAAAUCUGUUCAUCUUGAGCUGGUAACCGAUUUGACCACCGAGGCCUUUAUCCUCGCUUUUCGUCGUUUUGUUGCUCGUCGUGGUAAACCAUUGCAUGUUUACUCCGACAACGGCACUAAUUUUGUGGGUGCAAAUUCGGAAUUUCUAGAGCUAGGAAAAUUUCUGCAAUUGAAUAAUAGUCUCAUUUCCGAAUCAAAUGCUAACGAGGGAAUCAACUGGCAUUUCAUACCUUCACAUAGCCCUCAUUUUGGCGGCCUAUGGGAAGCGGGAAUCAAAUCCUCAAAAUAUCAUCUGAAGCGUGUUGUCGGUAAUUCAAUCUUAACUUUUGAAGAGCUGAGUACUUUGCUCUCACAGGUAGAGGCAACUCUAAACUCCCGUCCUAUUUCCCCACUGUCCUCGGAUCCCAAUGAUUUACAGCCACUGACUCCGGCUCACUUUCUCAUUGGAAGACCUAUGACAGCCUUGCCAGAUCCAGACGUCACCCAUAUAUCUGAAUCCAGACUGUCAACAUUUCAACGCUCGCUCUUUCGCGAAGUUGUGUCCUUUACCGCUGGAAAAUGACUCCAUAUCAGUGCCAUAACUUUGUGCUUGUGUCAAAACUAUUGCAAGUUUCUAUUGGUCAUGUUGUAAAA